AUGGAAGAGUUUGUUCUAAAAAAGUUUACUGGAUCCCAAAAUACAGCAGAUGAAGUUCUUCAGAAGCUGCUGCCUGUGAUUAAAGAAUGCAGAUCAGCUCAGUUGUAUGAUUGUGGAGUCACAGAUGAAGGAUGUGCUGCUCUGGCUCCAGCUUUGAGAUCAAACCCCUCACACCUGAGAGAACUGAAUCUGUCUAUGAAUGAACUAGGAGACUCAGGAGUGAAUCUGCUGAAUCAUUGUGGAGUCACAGAUGAAGGUUGUGUGGCUUUGGCUUCAGCUCUGAGAUCAAACUCCACACACCUGAGAGAACUGAAUCUGUCUAGAAAUAAACUACAAGACUCAGGACUGAAGCUGCUCUCUGAUGGACUAAAGGAUCCUCACUGUAAACUGGAGAAACUAAGGUUGUGGGAUUGUGGAGUCACAGAUGAAGGUUGUGCUGCUCUGGCUUCAGCUCUGAGAUCAAACCCCUCACACCUGAGAGAACUAGAUCUGAAUUAUAAUAAACUAGGAGACUCGGGACUGAAGCUGCUCUCUGAAGCACUGAAGGAUCCUCUCUGUAAACUGGAGACACUGUGGUUGAAUGAUUGUGGAGUCACAGAUGAAGGUUGUGCUGCUCUGACUUCAGCUCUGAGAUCAAACCCCUCACACCUGAGAGAACUGAGUCUGUCUGAAAAUAAACUAGGAGAUUCAGCUGUGAAGCUGCUUUCUGAUAUGAAAAAAGAUCCACAAUAUGGACUGCAGAAGUUUCUGUUUUAGAUUUGAGUCUGAGCUUCUCUGGAUCACAUUCAACAGGAUCAACAGACACAAACCCAUAGUGAUCAUCACACACGGAUGUGUUUGUGGAACUUGCCAUGAUCCAAUACUUGAUCCAAAGUCAAACAAAGAAACCUUUUGUUUCUUCUUCAGAACUGACAUUUGUUCUGGUGCCCCAUUUUACAUCAUAAUUUUCUGUUCAGUUCUUAUUACAAAAGAUUUCAACCCAAUAUGUGCCUAGCACUGGGUUAAAGACCGGGACUUUAUUUAUGAUUAGGAGACAUGAUAAGCUUUAAAAAAAAAAAAAAAAGGUCAUUUCUGGAUGUCUGUAAUCUGAUCCAAUAUGGAAGUGGCGCUGUAGCUGUUUGUCUUCAGUGCCAGAAGCUUCUGUUUUGAGGCAAGAAGUUCUGUUGAGCCCCUAAACACACAACCUAGAUAAAGAAUGAGAUGAGAUGAGAAAAAUUCAGAUGGAGAAGAGACUCUUCACUAACACUUAUCAUGAUAGUUAUGCAACUAGACCGUCAGAGACGUCCUAUGGUAAUCUUGUACAUAAGGUUAAAAAUACAACUAUAUUGAAAAAAGGUGAAAGUUGCACUUUAAAACACAUUAAUAUUUGAUCAGAGGGGUGAACUGAACACUUUGUGAUCUGUACUUCAACUUUAUGCUUUGGUUUGGUCAGUCAGGCUAGGGUGACCAAACGUGCCAUUUUUUCAGGACACAUCCUGGCC